AUGGCUAGGGUGCUGCCUUCAUCGCUGACCCCCCACAUAUGCAUUCUUCCUUCUCAAGACCUUGAAGAGCUCCUUCAGUCUUCUGUCCUACCUUCCCUCCAUCAUAUAUUGCAGUCCUUUUCACCAUUACCACAAGUCACAACUCGCACUACUACUUUGACCACUGUGCCCCAUGCAUCAUUUGCACUUCGCUUUUCUGACUUGACGGAAAUCGAGUCCGCUUGUCGCGAAGAUGAGGAACAACGCGCCACACGAACCAUUGACUGGAUCGGUGACCGUAUCAGCAAACGCUGCGCCAAAUGGGUAGAUGAUUUCGAAAAGAUGAACGAUCGAGAUGUUGCAAGAACGCCUUGGUGGGAUGAAUUGAGACGUUGUGCCGAAGGAGAUCACAUCCCGGCUAGAGAUGAGGGGUGGAACCAUCCAAUGUCAAUAAUAUUAGCAGUCUCUACUACAGCCCCGAAUCCGUUGCAAGCAAUCACGGCCUUACAUUCCCGAACAUUAGACUUUCCAUCAUGGGUAGACGUCACACAUCUCAUUUACACCCUUAUAAUUCAUCCCAAGAACUCUCCGCUCUCUGACGAAGAAGCAGGCGCACUCUUCAAUGCCGUUAAGAAACAAUAUGGUCUACACACUUACCUUCUCUCUCUCGAGCUUCCAUCCCCUCCGCCACCCCCCGUAUCUAUUCCAGCACUCGUUCCUCGAUUACCGCCACCUACAAUUUCCAACGGUUCUGCCGAUGCCGUGCGCCCUGAGCUAAAGACUACACAGACGGUCCCAUUGAAUACUCUCAGGAUGUCUGAACAAGAUAUCCAACAAACAGCCAGAUUUGCACGAGAAUUCGUCACCAUGAACUUGGUUCCAUGGAUGGAGAAAUAUGUGAUAGAAUGGAACGAAACAGUGAGCAUCAACAAAUUCCCCUCCAAAUACCUUACUGAGUCCCUUCACCAGUAUUCCUCGAGCCGAAGGCUACCGUCACGCUUGUUCUCAUCGACGCGUCGGCUUUUUGGAACUUCUUCUGCAACCCCAGUGCACUCCUCUACACCUCUGCACACACGUUCGAGCACAUACACCGCACCUCAGUCCCCACUAUCUGGUUCCACCAUCCCUCCACCAUCCCAGCAACGACGCUUAGCUGAGUUUGCAACAAUCCUUGGUGACUUCAAACUAGCAGUUGCUGUUUGGGAAUCAUUGCGGAAGGAAGGGAAAGGAGGCUCCGAUAUCCUCCCUUUGCUCAUCUCUCCCUCGCCAGCUGUGCAGCUCCACGUCUCUCAUGCUUUGAAUAUCAUCUACCCCCAAAGCGCUGAGCUUCAUUCACAUGCACAAUUACGCGCCUUGCUAUAUGCUGUGCGAUGGGAAUCGACGCUCACCAUUGGCGACUUCCUAAGUGAUACCCUCGAGGGCGAGCGAUGGCUUGUCUGGGCUGCAGGCAACGCAGAAGAACCACCAGCAGCCCUCUUGUUAGCUCAUGCUGCACUCCUCAGUGUUCGGAAGAAUGCAAAACGGCGAGCAGCGCUGUGGUAUUUCUUCGCUGCAAAUCGCCUGGAGAAAUGUGGCAUUAAACCGUUAACUAUGUAUUUCCUUCGGAGAGCCCAUGAAUUGUCCCUCUCCCGACCGGAAAAACUCUUAUCGCCGUCAUUCUGGAUGUCCGAAAACAAACAACCAUCAGACUUUGAAGGCUUUGAUGCUGUCAUGUCCGGUAUUGAGCAUCCGCUUGGAAGAUUGCUGUAUACCACUGGGGACGUGCCAGGCGCUCAUCAUCCUUCUCCACUCGCUCAACUCUCCAGUCAUACCGUGGACAUCACGACGGAUCCGAGCAACUCGGACAAGGUGUUUUUGGAGGACUUCCAGGUUGCUAUUUCGCACUUGAAGUCGAUAUCUGGGGAGCAAGCACGCCUUGAGGAUGUUAAGCUGCCGCUUCGUUUCGUUGUCCCAUCGCAAACCUGCGUUCGUUUAGCUCGAGACUCUGUCGAGGGCGAACAGUCCGAGUGGGAGACUCGUGAAGAGAUUUGGUCGUCCUUCUGGAAGCAUCGAGGCAAGGAGAAGCUUGAACGAAGUGGAAAUGCUGCUGUAGAAGAGGCAUUCUGGGUUGAUAUCACCCUGUGCAAUCCCCUCGAUACAGAGGUCACUUUGGCUAAUCCAACGGUGAUAGUCGAAUCGUCUUCGGAGACGCUGCCUGGAUUCGAGAUAACAUCACAAUUGAGACUGUUGAGGAUACUAUCCUCUCUGCCAACGAAUCGCGCACAGUUAGUGGUACCAAUCUCCAUCGCCAUUAAGGCUUCCAAACCAGCAUCACUGGUUAUCACAGGCGUCGCUUAUGACUUCCUGGGUCUCCUUCCAACGGUGGAAUCGCUAGCACGCCGCGACAGACAAUCACAUACGCGGCCUGACGAGCUCUUGAAGCUCGAUGUAGAAGAGGCCAGCCAAGAGCUCGCGGUGGCGUUUGUGGACGAUGGACCGCUUGUGCUUGCUGAAGGAGAGUGUAAGUGGAUGAAGCUGUUGAUAUCGAAUGCUGGUUCGAGGGAUAUUGGUGAGGUGUGGGUUGUGCCUGGUGCUGAGGACCAAAUCUGGAUCGAACCUUUGGGUAGUGGGGAAGGUGCUCAUGCUGAGCUAGGUUCAGCUACGGGCAUGGCAUGGAAAACAUGGCAGUCCGAUAAUAAGAUUGUUCCACCAACUCCAUACAGUAUACCACUCACAGAGAAACUCGUGACGUCUGGGAGCACCGAAGUCACGGUUGUUUUACAUGCAGGUUGCAAGCGGAAACAGGACUUGUCGCUCCUCUUCAUUUAUCGCGAGGCACAAGGCAGCCCGUUCCAUUGCACGCGUGUCACAAGGAGUUAUGAGGUCGUCCAAUGCCUUCAGAUCUCUACUGCCUCGCACCCGAGUCACUCGCUAGAUCAUUCGUUCUCGUUAAGCCUGGACCUCACUAACAUCUUAUCUUCGAGUAAUGUGGAGAUCAACCAAGUGACAACGAUCAGCGCUAGUUGGUCAUGUUCUCCCCUCGCUGAACUCCGGCCUGAGCCUUUGCGUCCGUCUCAAUCAGCGCGUAUAUCGUUUGGCGCCACCUCCACCGGCGAUUGUACGAGUGUGAAUGCAGUCUCAGCAUUCGUCUCGAGGAAACUGAGCAACGUGCUGCAUGGUCAAGUUCUCGCGCCUGACGACCCCCCACCGCUGGAGCUCCUCUGCGGACAUGUCUCCCAGCGGAUAGCCGUCUCUCGCUCGCUCGCUCAAUCGCACCCACGAAUACCCACAUCAUCUCAUCCUAGCAUCUUCCCACUGUACAACCCCCUCUCUGUAGAUUUCGUCGUGUUCUGGAAGAUUCCUUCUGAGCAGCGUUCCGGUCAUAUCCUUGUUUCUGAUAUUACUCUUGGUGCAAGUCAUGCUGCACUUCGAGGAGUGCUCGAGGGUGUGGAGAGCGCCAAAGUCAAGCGGAGCAUGUAUGCUGAGACACAACGGGAGAAAGUGGAGAUGCUGCAAGCUAUCCGGGAUAGCGAGUGGAACGCUGAGAUGAACCCGAUUGUUGUGAUCGUGAAGGAUGGUUUGGUGAUAGAGCAUGAUUUCAGCCAGGGGGUUUGCUUGACUCAUGUGGAGUUUACGAUUCGUAACCAUUCCUUGUCCCAUCCGUCGCGCUUUGUUCUUAGACUUGACCAUUGUCAACAAUCAUCGUCUGUAUUAUCAACUGACAGCGUCUGUAGACAUCAUCUCCCUGCACCAUAUUGUGGCCGGACGACCUUCAGGGGACUUCUGGAGCCGUUGCAGACAACAUCUGUCCUCGCCCAGUUGUGCGCUACUUGUCCAGGAACGUACGCACUGUCAGGCUGGCGGUUGGAGACUGAGGUAGGCGAACCUGGCACAGAGGAUGGGUUAUGGCAAGUAAGACACCGUUACGAGCAAAGGGCGGCUGCGGACAAUUCUUCAUCAAUCGUUAUAUCGGAUCUCUCGUGA